AUGCGCAGCCUUAUGGCUAUCACUUCCUUGCUGGGGCUAUCGACAACGGUAGUCAACGGUUUGGUACCAACUCGCAGGCAAGCUUCAACUUCAUUCGCAGGAAGUAAUGAGUACUUUCUUCAUGCCCUUUCUGCAUCCGAGCAGAAGGAGUAUGUUGAAACUCUUGCUGGAUGGGGCGCCAAGGUCCUGAGGCUGUGGGCGACGAACGUUGCUACAGGGUGCUUGAAGGGCAGUACUAUCGAGAAUGACGUGCCAGCUUUCGAAGCGACGGUUGGUGUGUACGAUACCACCGUUCUAGAUAAGCUCGACGACACUCUCAAACUACUGCACGACAACGGUAUGAAGGCAAUCAUAUCUCCCCACAACGCCAAUACACUGGGCGGUAGCGCAGGGUGCGAUGCAUACUGUCAGAAGUAUGGCGACGCACCUACCUUCUACUCUUCAUCCAACGCCAAAGCCGACUACGACAACAGACUCAGCGAGAUGCUAAACUACCAGUCACCAAACUUUGGCAAAGCCUGGAAAGAUAUGGAAGAGGUCAUCAUGGCUUUCGACCUACAGAACGAGCCGCUGAUUGGGCAAAUCGACCUGUUGAACGCCAACGACCCGGACGACUGGCUGUGUGGCCGUGCUGGAGCACUGCGCAGUGCUCUUGGAUCCUCCAACAUCAAGGUUGCCACAGGCGGUGUCGGCGGCUCUCACUACUGCUGUAACCACGAGUUCAAUACGCUGGAGAAGGCUAUGCAGUGCGAUGCCAUCGACAUCAUCAGCAUGCACGGAUACAUGAGCAAGGCGUCUGACUGGGCGUACUACAUCACCGGCGAUAGGGAGGUCUUGAGCGGAGCGAGGGCUGCAGGCAAGAACAUCAUGAUGGAAGAGUGGGGCGUCUCGGUCGACUACCAGGACUCUUUCGAUACGCAGGUUCAAGUGUUCAAUGAUGCUGGAGUUCCUUGGUUGUACUGGCAGAUCGUCCCUGGCUUAGACGGCUCUGAAGCUGGCGCGCCCACCAGCUGUGGUUAUGAUAGCUUCGAGAUUGGUUUGGGUAGCUCAAAGGGCGAUGUCGCCGGAGGGAUUGCUGCAGCGAGCGCAGCUUCGGCAGCGCAAUCUUGGGCGGGUUAUUUGUGA